CCAUAACCUCACACUUGCAAAUUUAGUUAUUUAUUGUUGAAUUUAUAUAAAUUUAUAAUAGUAUAAUGAUAUAAUUUAUUAUAAUACUCGUGUGUGUGCAUAGUUGAAUUUCAUAAAUAUCUAAACAUACCGUUAAAAAAUGAGUACCAGAAGAGGAGACACAUCUCGCAGCAGGCCCCAGAAGCACCAGAACAAAACAGCCUUCAAGAACAACCUCCACGACACAUCGCACACAACAAAAUUCAUAAACUCCUUGCACAUCAGUCAAGUGUGCAAACACUGCAAAGACGUCAUCGAAUGGAAAAUCAAAUACAAGAAAUACAAACCUCUGACCCAGCCGAAGACUUGCACAAAGUGUUCACAGAAGACGAUAAAGCAAGCUUAUCAUAUCAUGUGUAUCCCCUGUUCCCAGAAACUGAAAGUGUGCCCCAAGUGCUCCAAAGCCGAGGAGUUGGUUCCGAAAGUGGCAACUGCUGAGGAGCAGCAGAGAAUGGAUGCGGAGAUGAGGCAGACUCUGAAGACUUUGUCGGAGAGGAAGAGGAGGACCUUUCUGAGGUACAUGAACUCGAAUAAGAAGAACAAGGAUGAUGCAGAGGAUGCCACGGGUGAGAAGCCGAAUAAGGAGGAGCUGAUUGCUAAGUUGGAUGCUUUGAAAGUGGACGAUGGUGAGGAUGAUAGUUUGGAUUUUGGUGACUCGGAUGGUGGUGAUGAUGGUGGUGAUUUUUCGGAUUUGGGAAGUGAUUUUGAUUAA